CGCUACACACAGUUUUAUUUAUUGGUUUCACUUAUGAUAAACAAAUGAAGAAUGAAUCACGCAAUUUUAGUCUGAUUCUUUUCCUGGUGGAUAAACAUUAAUUUAAUAAUUUCAAGGGAUGUUACAAGCUGAUUUGGCCUAAAGGCUGGCCGUUUUAGGGUGAGGCAGCAUUUAUUAGACUGACACACAUAACCAUCGCUUCAUUCACCUCGGACAGACGGACUCGCUGGGAAGCUUCAUCAUUUCUGCCGAUUACUCUAGCUUGUGAAAAUGGAGGCUUUGUCAGCAGCAAACACUCAGUUCUCCCUCAACCUGUUCAAGAAGAUCAGUGGAGUAAACGCAUCAGGAAAUGUGUUCUACUCUCCUGUCAGCAUCUCCUCGGCUCUGGCCAUGGUGUCGCUCGGUGCAAGAGGAAACACAGCAGCUCAGAUGUUUAAGGUCUUGGGCUUUAAAAACCCUCUCAGUCUCGUCGCUGCGACUCCAGGACCUCAUCAUUCAGUGGACCAAAUUCAUUCCAGCUUCCACAAGUUUAUGAGUGAGCUGAACAAACCAGGAGUCCCGUAUGUGUUGAGUGUUGCCAACCGCCUCUACGGAGAGCAAUCCUACCAGUUUGUUGAGAAAUUCCUCAAUGACACAAAAAGAUACUAUGAAGCCGGACUGGAGAAGGUGGACUUCAAGACCAAAUCAGAGGCUGCUCGUGUCAACAUCAACAAAUGGGUGGAGAAAAAAACACAAGAGAAGAUCAAGGACUUGGUGCCACAGGGAGCCGUUGAUGCGAUGACGAGACUGGUCUUGGUGAACGCCAUCUACUUCAAGGGAAACUGGGAGAAGAAAUUCCCAAAAGACGCCACUAGAGACGGGCAGUUUAAGAUGAACAAGAAUCAAACUAAACCAGUGAAAAUGAUGUAUCAGGAGUCAGAGUUUCCUCUGGCCUUCAUCCCAGAGAUGAACAGUCAGGUUCUGGAGCUGCCAUAUGUCGGGAAGAAUCUCAGUAUGUUGAUCAUCCUUCCUAACGAGAUGGAAGACGACACCACUGGCCUUCAGAAGCUUGAAAAGGCACUGACCUACGAGAAGCUCAUGGAGUGGACCAAACCAGAAGUCAUGCAUCAAAAAGAAGUUCAAGUAUCUCUGCCCAAAUUCAAGAUGGAGGAAAAAUACGACAUGAAGAGUCUUCUGAUCAGCAUGGGAAUGGAGGAUGUUUUUGACACGCAGAAGGUGAAUCUUUCAGGCAUGUCCUCCAAUAACGACCUGGUGCUGUCGAAGGUGAUUCAUAAAGCCUUUGUUGAAGUAAACGAGGAAGGAACCGAAGCGGCUGCAGCCACCGGCACCAUCAUGGUGACAUGUUGUUUGCGCGUCCCGCAAGUCUUCAACGCAGACCAUCCAUUCCUUUUCUUCAUCCGACACAAUCCAACCAAGAGCAUUUUGUUUUAUGGACGCUUCUGCUCUCCAUGAGCGAGUCCUGCUGCAUGAGACUCUUCCUGCUAGUUUAGGUGGAGAUCUGGUGCGAAUGAGGAGGAGAGACUCUGGACAACUACUACAAAAUCAACCUGUCAUCUUUUGGUUUAAGAAACAUUUAUAUAUGCCAACAGUAUCAGUACCUAUUGCAAUUUACUGGAGAAAAACUUCUUAAAUUAAUAGUAUUAAAUUUUACAUGGUACUAAAAUUAUUUUGCAUUAAACAGAAAUGAAUCCUACAAGUAUAAGUUGACCUGCAUUAUAGUUAUUUGAAAUACAUUAAUUCCUAAUCAUUUUAGAUAAUGGUUAUUAUCGUUAACUAAAACUAAAACCAUAAAAAUGUUAUUUGAAAUAAUAAUUUUCAUUCAGUUUAAGUUGAAGUACUCAAAAAAUUAAAACUGAAUAAAAUAAAAUGAAAAAUGAAAAAUAUAUAGACAAUGUACACAACAAAAUUAUGAAGACUUUAAAAUGAAAAUUAAAACAAAAUUUAAUGAAAAAGGAAAUCUAAUUGAAAAUAUUAACAAAAACUAUAAUAGUAUAUCAAUGAUACUAAAAUGGACAUUUUUCUCUCUUUACAUGCACAUGCUGGACAAUAUAUUCAACAUAAAUGAAACAAAUCUUUACAAUUAAAACUGAAUUUUUUUUUAAUUUUUUUGAACCUGCUGUUACAAAUAAACUGUGCUCUGGUGCCUGAGCAUGUUGUAAGUCGAAACUCAAUGAAAACUGGUUUCUAAAAAAAAAAAAAAAAAAUAGAAAAAAAGUUAUUUUUAUGAAUGUCACAUCAGGUUGUAUAUUGUAAUAUAGUCUAUAUAUAUUGUACUGAAAUAAACUGUAUUUUACUGCACUUUCUUCAUCUGGAUGAGUUCAGACUGGGGAACAUAACUUUAUAGUCUGUAGUUUAUGAAAUAUCUUGCUUUUUUUUUUUUUUUUCACAAGAAAGUAAACACUUAAAAUAUUGCCAAAAAUUACAACCCGAAUUCUAGAAAUGUUGGGACGUUUUUUUAAAUUUGAAUAAAAUGAAAACUAAAAGACUUUCAAAUCAUGAGCCAAUAUUUUAUUCACGAUAGAACAUAGAUAACAUAAAUGUUUUAAUGGAGAAAUUUUACAAUUUUAUGCACAAAAUGAGCUAAUUUCAAAUUUGAUGCCUGCUACAGGUCUCAAAAUAGUUGGGACGGGGGCAUGUUUACCAUGGUGUAGCAUCUCCUCUUCUUUUCAAAACAGUGUGAAGACGUCUGGGCAUCGAGGUUAUGAGUUUCUGGAGUUUUGGUGUUGGAAUUUGGUUCCAUUCUUGCCUGAUAUAGGUUUCCAGCUGCUGAAGAGUUCGUGGUCGUCUUUGACGUAUUUUUCGGUUAAUGAUGCGCCAAAUGUUCUCUAUAGGUGAAAGAUCUGGGCCCGUAUGUAUAAAACUUCUCAGAAAUGCUCUUAAGAAUAGUCUUAAGUUUUGACUUAAGUGUCAAAAAAUCCUUAGUAAAGAGUAGGACUUUUGUAAGAGUAAGAUACUUUUAUAAAGAAGCUAAAAGCAACUUUUAGUAAAGUCUAAGACUGAUUCUUAAGUGUUGUGAACUAAGGACUACAAUGAUGUCAACUCAAAAUGGCCGCCCUCAACCUCUGAAUCAGCCAAUAGCGAGUCUGCAAGGGUGAAGUCACAGCAGCACAACACCAAUAAUUUAAUGUUAUUAUUUAAAAAAAUCAUUUAAAAAGACAUUGAAACGUUUUAAUAUUUUAAUUUAUUUUUAAAAAUUGCAUUGCACAAAACUAUCACAAAUUAGUAUUGAUGGUGUGGAAUCUUUUUCUAUUGAUAUACGUCUCCUCAUUUACAAUUGGAGCAAUGAUGUGAACACGAGUUCAUCAUCGGCUCCAACAUCUCCAGAGAAGCCCACUAUCAACAUAAAAGUGGCUUGCUUUUGCCGCAUGGUUUGAUGGUCAGUUGGAAAGUCGAUGAACUGCCAUAGAGUAGUGGCCAAAUGUGAUGUCCAUCCAUAUGAAAAUUGACAUCUUCAACCUUAAAGGGUUAGUUCACCCAAAAAUGAAAAUAAUGUCAUUUAUUACUCAUACUUAUGCUGUUCCACACCCGUAAGACUUUCGUUAAACCUGGAACACAAAUUAAGAUAUUUUUGUUGAAAUCCGAUGGCUCAGUGAUAGCCAACAAUGACAUUUCCUCUCUCAAGAUCCAUUAAUGUACUAAAAACAUAUUUAAAUCAGUUCAUGUGAGUACAGUGGUUCAAUAUUAAUAAUAUAAAGCGACGAGAAUAUUUUUGGUGCGCCAAAAAAAAAAAAAAAAAUAACGACUUAGUGAUGGCCGAUUUCAAAACACUGUUUUAUGAAGCUUCGGAGCGUUAUGAAUCGGCGUGUCGAAUCAGCAGUUCGGAGCGCCAAAGUCACAUGAUUUCAGCAGUUUAAAAUCAUUAGUAAAUAACUGAGUGAAAUUUUCUGUAUGUAUUUACUUUAACAGAGUCAUUUAAGAUUCUUAUUCUGGACAAGAUACAAAGAAUGUAGAAAUAAUUAUGUUGAAUUAAUCUGUUCAACGUUUUGUUUUUUGUAUGCUACUUAUAUAUAGCAUCUUAUGUCCUCCAUAACUUUAAGUAGCAUAUACUGACCGUUCUUGGCAUUGAGUGUACAAGAGUAAAAAGCAAGCUUUCAGUUGUCAGAUGCUUUUAUCUGACGUGAUUUACAGUAUUACAGUUAAACUGGAGCGACCUGAUGUUAAGUACACAACCCACACCAUGUUUUAUGGGGACUUUCCAUAGACAUAAAUUUUUAUACUGUACAAACUGUAUAUUCUGUCUCCUAACCCUAUACCCAUCACAGAAAACUUUCAGCAUUUUUACAUUUUCAAAAAACAUCAUUCUGUAUGAUUUAUAAGCUGUUUUCCUCAUGAGGACCAAAAAUUGUCCCUGCAAGGGCAAAGAUUUCUGGUAUUGCUAUCCUUGGGGGACAUUUUGUCCCAAUAACGUCGGGAAUACCUAAACCACACACACACACACAAAGUCCAUAUUAAGUAUCGAUAUUUCUAGUUGUUCUGAGCUCUAAAAUAUUUAAUCGGCUAGAUGCUGGUCUUUGUAAGUACAAUAGCGUAUCUAAAAAAAUGUUUUAAAAAUAUUCAGUUACCACGAACGACUGCAAAACUACUGCCGGAAAUUAAUUUGCCAAAUGUGUCGGAAAACUGUAAAAGCCAAAACCUGAAAAAUCUUUUAUCUUGGUUUCAAUUUAAACAGUAUAUUUUGCACAAACCCAAAGACAGUGCAACACUCCGAUCACAUCAGCCCUACUGAUGAUGGUGAAAGCAUGUGUUCACACUUACAUGCCCAAACCUCACAGUCACUCCCAGUUACUCCCAGUUCUGACUUAGUUACUUCAAAACCAUUCGUAUGUACAACGUCGGCCUGAUGGUAAAUGAACACGAACAACACAAAUAUAAAACAUAUUUUCGCUAGGGUUGGGCGAUGUCCCCUAAAUUGGCAGUUGACGAUGUUUACAAUAAAACAUUCGUUAUUUUACUUUAUUACUUUAUUUUUUUUAUUUCCCAACUAAUGACUCAUCCGGGCUUUCCAAUAGGUUGCACGUGAGGGGGGAAAAAAGUAGCUUCCUUCCACUUAAGAAGAGUUGUGCACUUUUUAUUUUAAUAUAUCUCUUUACAUAAACACUAUUUUCUACUUAAAACCUAUAAUUUCGUUAUUUUACUUUAUUACUUUAUUUUAUUUCCCAACUAAUGACUCAUCCGGGCUUUCCAACAGGUUGCACAUAAGGGAAAAAAAGUAGCUUUCUUCCACUUAAAAAGAGUUGUGCACUUUUUAUUUUAAUGUAUCUCUAAACCUUAAAAUGAAAAUUAAAACAAAAUUUAAUGAAAAAGGAAAUCUAAUUGAAAAUAUUAACAAAAACUAUAAUAGUAUAUCAAUGAUACUAAAAUAUCAGCUGGAUGUUUUUUAUUGAAAUGAUGUGCAUUCGACAUUGUGAAGAUUUACACUUUCAUUUGGGCAUUAUAAUUUCUAUAACUAGUGCUGCAGUCACUCUAAACCUCACAACAUUCAGCUGAGAAAUAAAAGAUGUGUUUACAUCAAAGUAAUGGAUAUUUUUCUCUCUUUACAUGCACAUGCUGGACAGUAUAUUCAACAUAAAUGAAACAAAUCUUUACAAUUAUUCAAUAAAAUCUGUUUUUUUUUUUUUUUAUUUGUAUUGUAAUUUAAUAGAACCUGCUGUUACAAAUAAACUGUGGUCAAACUGACUGAGCAUGUUGUAAGUCGAAACUCAAAGAAAUUGGUUUCUGUGAAAAAAAAUUUUUAAUUAGAAAAAAAAGUUAUUUCAUUGUAUGUUGUAAUAUAGCCUAUAUGUAUAUUGUAUUGAAAUAAAGUGUAUUUUAGUGCACUGUUUUUCACCUGGGUGAGUUCAGACUGGGAAACAUAACUUUAUAGUCUGUUGUUUAUGAAAAAUCUUGAAGGGGUUGAGUUAUUUAUCACGGGGUUUUUGCGCCCUCUUCAGGAGAGAGCAGUGCAGCUCCGUCAAAUUGGUGCAUGUCUUCAGUAAAAUACAGGUUUGUGUACAUUUUAUUUUACCUAUGAAUUAGUUAUUGUUCUGUAUAUUGUUUAAUUUUAUACAAAGCAACAUAAAGGAGUGCGACGUGAGUCACCUAAA